GCGGCGGGGGGUCGCGCCUUCUCCGGCUGCAGCAGCAACAACAGCCGAAGCCGCAGAAGCGCCCUGACGAGAAGCGCCACAAAGGAGCGCCAGCGGCGGCGGAGCUUUGCGCCGCCUGCGGAGUCGCCAUGAGCUGGGGCACGGAGCUGUGGGAUCAGUUCGACAAUUUAGACAAGCACACACAGUGGGGCAUUGACUUCCUGGAAAAAUAUGCAAAAUUCGUUAAAGAAAGGAUAGAGAUUGAACAGAAUUAUGCAAAGCAAUUGAGAAAUCUGGUGAAGAAGUACUGUCCUAAACGUUCAUCCAAAGAUGAAGAACCCAGGUUUACCUCAUGUAUAGCCUUUUAUAAUAUCCUUAACGAGUUAAACGACUACGCGGGACAGAGAGAAGUAGUAGCAGAAGAACUGGGACAUAGGGUAUAUGGAGAACUGAUGAGAUAUUCCCAUGAACUCAAAACAGAAAGGAAAAUGCACCUUCAAGAAGGUCGAAAGGCUCAGCAGUAUCUUGACAUGUGUUGGAAGCAGAUGGAUAAUAGUAAAAAGAAGUUUGAGAGAGAGUGCAGAGAAGCAGAAAAAGCACAGCAGUGUUUUGAGAGACUGGACAAUGAUACUAAUGCCACUAAAGCGGAUGUUGAAAAGGCAAAGCAGCAAUUAAAUCUCCGUACACACAUGGCUGACGAGAACAAAAAUGAAUAUGCUGCCCAGCUGCAAAAUUUCAAUGGUGAACAGCACAAGCAUUUCUACAUUGUCAUUCCUCAAAUCUAUAAGCAUCUUCAGGAAAUGGAUGAACGAAGAACCAUCAAACUUAGUGAAUGUUAUAAGGGGUUUGCAGAUUCUGAGCGCCGAGUUAUCCCAAUAGUCUCGAAAUGUUUAGAAGGAAUGAAUGCUGCGGCAAAAUCGGUUGAUGAACGCAGGGACUCUCAAAUAGUAAUAGACUCCUUCAAGUCUGGUUUUGAACCUCCUGGAGACUUUCCAUUUGAAGAUUACAGUCAGCACAUUUACAGGACUGUUUCUGAUGGAACAAUCAGUACACCAAAGCAAGAAGGGGUGAAAAUCGAUGCAAAAACCACCGUGGGCAAGGCUAAGGGGAAGCUGUGGCUUUUUGGAAAGAAACCAAAGGGCCCUGCUCAAGAAGAUUUCAGCCACCUGCCUCCAGAACAAAGGCGGAAAAAACUGCAGCAGCGAAUUGACGAACUUAACAGAGAACUACAAAAAGAGACAGAUCAGAAAGAUGCGCUCAUCAAAAUGAAAGAUGUAUAUGAGAAAAACCCGCAAAUGGGUGAUCCGAGCAGCCUUCAGCCAAAGUUGGCUGAAACUAUGAGCAACAUGGACCGCCUUCGAAUGGAAAUCCACAAGAAUGAGGCCUGGCUUACUGAAGUCGAAGGUAAAGUAGCAGCAAGAGGAGACCGUAGACACAGCAGUGACAUCAACCACCUCGUAACCCAAGGACGAGAGAGCCCUGAAGGGAGCUACACCGAUGAUGCAAACCAAGAAGUUCGAAGUCCACCCCAGCAGCACGGCCCCCAUACCGAAUUUGACGACGAGUUUGAAGAUGACGAUCCCUUGCCAGCCAUAGGGCACUGCAAAGCUAUUUAUCCUUUCGAUGGUCACAAUGAAGGCACUCUGGCGAUGAAAGAAGGGGAGAUUCUGUACAUCAUAGAGGAAGAUAAAGGGGAUGGGUGGACUAGAGCCCGGAGGCAGAACGGAGAAGAAGGAUACGUGCCAACAUCCUACAUCGAUGUAACUCUAGAGAAGAACAGUAAAGGUUCCUGAAGCGGGUUUCUGAGAAAAUGGGCGAGAUGUUGAAGGAGUUUCCACUUAAUGCUGCUAUUAUUACCUUUUUCUUUUUUUCUCAUUAUGACCAUCAUCAUUACAUUCCAGUUCUUUUUUUGUGUUGCGACUGAUGUGCAAAAACCUAACAUUCAUUUUGAUUUGGGGGAAAGGAACGUGUCCCAGCAGCCCAUCCUCAGCACCUCAAUAACCUGUGAGCACUGAAAAGCCUGAGAUUUAACAGCACAGAUUUUUUUUUCCACCACAAGACAAAACGACUGUUUUCAGAAGUGCUUGCCAUUCAGAUGCUGCCUUAAAACUCUCGAGUGCCUAAAUCUGUUGAUUGCCAACGCUUACCACUUCAGUAUCCCACCAAGGGCUCUGAGCCUCUGCUCCGAAUGACCUUCUGCAUACCUUUCUACAGUACCACAGCUGCUGGUAGCCUUGGCAGAUGCUUUCUGGGCCUCUGCCACAACAUGAUACAUGGUGCAUUGUAAACUUUAUGCAUUGGAAGCAAAACACAUGUAUCGUUUUCAUUUUAUGUCUAAUGAAUGUUUUAAAUAGGA